UACAUCCGAGGCUGGAGGAGGGGGCGGGGGAGGCAUCGACGGCCCUGGAGGAGGAGGAGGAGGAGGAGGGGGAGGAGGAGGAGGAGGAGGAGGAGGCAGUGGCGGCGGUGGCUCAGGCGGAGGAGGAGGAGGAGGAGGAGGAGGAGGAGGAAACGGAAACGGAGGAGGCAAUGGCACUGGAGGCGACGGUGGAGGAGGAGGAGGAGGAGGAGGCGGGGGCGGCGGAGGAGGAGGAGGAGGACAGGGACAAGGAAAAAUGCCGUCCUUUAAAUCAGGUCUGAAGGGCGCGAGUCAGGUACAGUUUAGCCUGAACCUGAUUCGCGCCGCCCAGAGGGAGCUGCAGUUCCUCUACUUCGUCAACAGGCACCCGGCGCUCUACAGGGGCGCGCUGGUCAAGAAGGCAAUACAGAGGUACGAGAUGCUGUGGCUCCCUCUGGCGGCGAACUGCACGGAGAAGAUCCUGGCCCCGCCCUCGGACGUGCAUUGGGUGUGGUACGUUCACAUGCUGGCGCCCGAACACUACGUGAGGGACUGCAAGAACGUGGUGGGCCAGGUGGUCGAUCACAAGCUGUUCAAACUGAAGGCGCUGAAGAAGGCCCACAAGCGGACGCGGAAACUGUGGCUGGAGAUGUACCCCGACGAGCCGUUCGACGUGAUCCUGGAUGGGACUCAACCGGUGGCGCUGUCGCAGUACACCUCCCUCAUUAGCUACGACCUGGAGGCGGCGGUGGGCAGGCAGAGCAUGUUCUACUACCAGGUGUCGCUGCCGCACUGCCUCAUGAAGCCUUACCUGAAGGAGGCGGUGGAGCGCUACAAGAAGUUCAUCUACCUGAAGGCGACGCACCCCUCGGAGUUCCUGGUGCCCUGCUACGACAUGGAUAUCGUCUGGCACGCCCACAUGGUUCAUCCCAAGAAGUACCAGAAGGACACCCAACGCAUCCUAGGCCGCAUCCUCAACCACGACGACAGCAUCAAUGAUCGCUCGCCGGGCUCCAAGCUCAUGACCUCGGACAGUUCGACGCGGCGGCUCUGGGCCAAGACCUUCGGCGAGCACUUCUCCCGCAACGGCGCCAUGUUCAGGGGAGACCCACCGGCCUGCGUCAUCGAGCCCAUCCCCGCUGAGUUCAAGAAAACCGCACUGGGGUCCGCCUUCCAGCUGCACGUCAGGAAGGUGGCCAUUGGCGGGGCUCCACCUGGAACGCUUAAAAUCAAACUAAUUCACCAGUUCAGGAAUCUGGAGAAGCAGCGACUCGGCAAAAUCACCAUCUUCAAGGAACACGGCUUCGAUAUGUCGGAACACAAUAUUGCUGACCUGGGGUUCGAGUUCACCCUCUCGGACAAGGUGGUGCGGGACCAGUUCGUGCUCGAGAUGGUCAGUCAGCGGGACGGCUUCAAGUCCCGUCUCGGCAGCGGCUCUCAGAACUUCGAGUGCAACGGCCACUUCGACUUUGCGGAGCUGCUGUCACUACGAGACGACACCGCGACCAUUAUCAAGACCUUCAUCGAGAGGGACAUCCGCGUGGAGCUGACCUUCGGCAUCCGCGUUGUCCAAGCUCACCACUACACCACCAUGGCAGUGCUCACAGGCCCCUUCCGCCCCUGCACCGUCGAGCCAGCCACCGUGCGCUCUCUAUACGGCAUCGUGCCCAGCCUCGCCUCGCCCGGGGACGGCACGGAUCUCUACAAGGCGGAGAUGGCGACGCACAGGAUAGUGAACGAGACGUGGCCGCACCGCCCGCAGGUCCUGGAGGUGGAGGUGUACCACUCCCGCACGCUGCUCCACUCCGCCGUGCAUCUCUACGCCGAGAGCUCCACCGGGCGGCACCUGGUGGCCGUCUCGCACACCGUGGACAACACGACAGUGCCCACCCCGCAGGACCUCGCCUACUCCGAGGGUCCCCACAACUUCCGGACGAUCUCCCUCAACCCCCGGCGCGGCGAGCGAGGGAUGGUCAUCAAGACACACGAGGGGGACUGGGCGCUGGUGACGGCGGAGUGGGCGGGGCUCUGCAACGGGGUGCCUGCAGUGUCGUCGCCUGGCGCCAGGAACCAACAGAAUGGCGGGUCUGCAGGCCUCACCACCACAUCCCCUUCAGACGGGCGUGGGCGGCCAGGCUCCCCCGGUCACCUGGCGCUGCACAUCCACCAGUUGCGGCAGUUCCAGCACCGCUCCGUCAUCCUGCCCUACGAGAGGCGGGAGUACACCUUCUGCCUGGGCGGCGUCACGAUCGACAUGGAGAGAGGCGUCCUGGAGGUGGGCGUGGGCAACCCGUGUCUGGUGGAGAACAUCUCACUUGCCUUGACGGCGGCGGUGCUCCACGUGCUAUGCCAGCCUCGCCCCGACCGCCCCGUCAUCGGCCAGACCAACCGUAUCCCCGUCGAGAAGCUGAGCCUCCUGCACGCCCUCGGCUACUACGCGGACUCGGCGCCCCACAACUCCUUCCUCAGGUCCUGCAGCGGCGACGGCUGCGGCGGCUGUGGCUCCUGCGGCGGCUGCGGGGGCUGCGGCGGCUGUGGAGGGUGUGGUGGGUGCGGCGGCUGUGGUGGAUGCGGCGGCUGUGGCGGUUAAGGCUUCCUCAACUUAGGGAUUUAUGUCGGUGUGUUUUCUUGUGGUCGGCCCGAGAUUCCUUGUCCCGUUUUCUCCUUCCUUGCGAGGAAUCGAGGGGGCACUCUGAUGUUCCAUGUGCCGGGCCUCCCAGUGGUGGCUAGGUGCCAGUGGUGGCAAUGGUGAUGCUGGGUCCUCCAUCCCCUCCCCCUCCCCUUCCACUCAUCCCUCCACACCUCAACCCCCCCGUCCCUCAGCCCCGCCAGCAGGGUAGGAGCACGCCCGCGCCACGCCAUCACCACAUCACAGGGUCAGUCAGUCUGCUCACAAAGGUCUGCUUCGGUGAGGCUUUUCUCUGUCCAAACACAAAAGAACAAAAAUAGGGCACGACAGAAAACUAUUUUGCGGACGAGAUAUGUUUGUAUGGACACCCACCACUAUAGUUGCUCAUCCGUAGGUGAUGUACUACUACUACUACUACUACUACUACUACUACUAUUACUACUACUACUACUACCCCUACUGGUACUACUAUUCUACUAUUUCAACUACUUUUAUUACUCCUAUUGUGACAACUGCCACUACUACUACUACUACUACUACUACUACUACUACUACUAUUGCGUGUAGCUAGGUAGCAGACGUAACGUAGCGUGAUCUUAGUCUGUUUGUAGCGUAUUGAGUAGCGGUUUAUACCAGACGUAAGAAACGGCGCUAUCCAAGUAUCUGACAACAGAACUCAACUCACACUCUUCGCGUUCCGUCGCCCCGUUCUCUCCUUAGUUUUGGGUCCUUUGUCUUUCCUCCUCCUCCCCCUCCCCUCCCUCCCCCUGCCUACCUUCCUCCCCAUUCACUCUAUUUUCACUCGGGCGAAUUUACAUGAUUUUCUUUCCGAGAUUUCCGUUUUCGUCGUUAUUCACACUGACUUUUCCGUUUUCUUUGUUAUUUACACUGACAUUUCCGUUUUCUUCGUUGUUUACACUUUUUCCGUUCUGACAUAUUCAUACACACGUUUUUGUUCUGACAUCCCAUUUUCUUCGUUAUUUAUGAGAUUUC